AUGGAUACCCAGGGCUGUACAGCAACUAUUUCUCCCUCAACCCCACCCCAAAACUGCUCUGGGAUUACAAACUUCAGAGCAGCCUCUUCUAACAACAGCUGUCAUCACAGUGGCCCUGAAGCCAACAGCUGCCGACUGACCAACCACUUCCUGAGAUCUCCCGAGGGCCAGGGCUGCUGCUCUACUCCCUGCCUUUGCUGCACCCCCAUCGACCUGAUAGGCAGCUUCAAUGGCCGUCCCUGUCCGGACAGCUGUGUCUGGUACUGGGAAGGAAUCAACAGUCACGAGAAAGAGGCCAUGCAGGCUCUGAAUGGCCGCCUUGCUAACUACCUGGAAAAGGUUCAGAAGCUGGAAGAAGAGAACGCAGCCCUGGAAGGCAGAAUCCAGGAGGAGUGUACCAAAGAGCUCCCCAUCCUGUGUCCCGAUUACCUGUCCUACUACACCAUCAUUGAGGGGCUCCAACAGAAGAUCUUGUGUACCAAGGCUGAGAAUUCCAGGCUGGUCUCACAAAUUGACAACACCAAACUGACUGCAGAUGACUUAAGAGCCAAGUACGAAACUGAGGUGUCCGUGCUCCAGCUCGUGGAGGCUGACACCAGUGCCCUACAGCAGAUCCUGGAUGCACUGGCCCUGGGGAAGGCUAACUUGGAGGCUCGAGAACAGUCCCUGAAGGAGGAGCUGCUGGGCCUGAAAACCAGCCACGAGGAGGAAGUCAGUUUGUUACAGUGCCAGUUUGGAGACAGGCUCAACAUUGAAGUGACCGCUGCCCCUUCUGUGGACUUAAACCAGAUUCUACAAAAACUGAGAUGUCAGUAUGAGUCCCUCAUGGAGACAAACCGUAAGGACGUGGAACAGUGGUUCAACAGCCAGAUGGAGGAGCUGAACCAGCAGGUGGUGACGGGCAAUCUCCAGCAACAAUGCUGCCAGGCGGAGCUCCUCGAGCUGAGACGUACCGUGAACACUCUGGAGGUUGAACGGCAGGCCCAGCAGCAAAUGAGAGAUUCCCAAGAACGCAUCCUGGGGGAGACGGAGGCCCGCUACACAGCCCUGCUGUCCCAGAUCCAGAGUCUGAUCCACACCCUGGAGGCACAGCUGGCGGAGAUCCGCAGCGCCCUGGAAAGACAGAACCAGGAAUACGAGAUUCUGCUGGACACCAAGUCCCAGCUGGAGUGUGAGAUCGCCACCUACCGCAGCCUCCUGGAGAGCUCAGAUGGCAAGCUGCCUUGUGAGCCGUGCACCACCAAAUCUGAGCCUUCCAUGUGGGCAACCUGCAAGGCCAGAGCCCGGGAAUGCCCUGCCCUCGUGUAUACAUCCCCGGCCCUCACUGGGACACGCAAGACCUGUGGACCCCUGCCCCGGAUCCUGGUUAAAAUAUGCACCAUCACCAUGGAGGUCAAGGACGGGAAGGUCAUUUCGUCUUACGAGCAUGUGCAGCCCUGCUACAUCACCCGGCCCCAGUCUGACACCCCAAGGUGAUGGAC